AUGUGGUCACAGUCCCCAUGGCAACAGCUGUUUGCAUCGCUGUGUUCUAUUGAAUCAUGUGGAGACUUGGGACAGGUUGGUAUCAGCGGUGGGGGUGGGUAAUAAGCAGCAGAAAGCAUCCAAGAAGGAGUCAAAGGCAGAGAGGGAGAGGUGGAAUAGCAUCCCCUGUUGCAGGCUGGGAAGCAGGGCAGAGAUGUGCUGCUAAAUCCACAAAUCUACGUUGGCGGGGAUGACUUGCCAGAACCUUUCCCUGUCGGUAUUCUCCAAAUUGACUUUGGAGGAUACUGACUUUUUAAUUUAUGAAAAAAGGAAGGUUUAAAGUUUGGACAUUUUCACCUGCCAAUAUGGUGCUAGUAAAGGUAAAGGGACCCCUGACCAUUAGGUCCAGUCGUGACCGACUCUGGGGUUGCGGCGCUCAUCUCGCUUUAUUGGCCGAGGGAGCCGGCGUACAGCUUCCGGGUCAUGUGGCCAGCAUGACUAAGCCGCUUCUGGAGAACCAGAGCAGCGCACGGAAACGCUGUUUACCUUCCCGCCGGAGUGGUACCUAUUUAUCUACUUGCACUUUGACGUGCUUUCGAACUGCUAGGUUGGCAGGAGAAGGGACCGAGCAACGGGAGCUCACCCUGUCACAGGGAUUUGAACUGCCGACCUUCUGAUCAGCAAGCCCUUGGCUCUGUGGUUAACCCACAGCGCCACCCGCGUCCCUUAAUAUGGUGCUAGCCACCUUUAAAACAAACAAACAAACAAACAAACAAACAAACAAACAAACAAACAAACAAACCGAUAGCCUUUCCAAAGUAAUCAGAUUGUAAAUACAGAAAAUAUGUUAUUAUGAUUAACAGUUAUGUUUGCUAUAAGUUUGUAGGUCUUUCCCAUUCUUGGUAUGAAUAUAUUGAAGAUGGUCAUGGAAGGGCAGCCAAAAUGAUCAUGGGACUGGAACAACUCUCUUAUGAGGAAAGGUUGUGACUUUUUAGUUUUGAAAAUAACCGAGUAAAGGGAGGCAUGAUAGAAUUGUAUGGUAUUACGCAUGAUGUGGAGUAUUGGACAGAGAUUUUAUUCUUCAUAAUACUUGAACUUGGGGCCAUCCAAUGAAGCUUGAAUGGUGGGAGUUUCAGGAUGAACAAAAGGCAGUACUUCUUCACACAAAACACAGGUAAAUGCUGCAAUUUGCUGUCGCAAGGUGUAGUCAUGGCCAUCAGCUUGGUUGGCUUUGAAAAAGGUUUAGACCGGGGUUGUCAACCUGGUCCCUACCGCCCACUAGUGGGUGUUUCAGGAUUCUAGGUGGGCGGUAGGGGGUUCUAUGGCACAAGCUGAAUCCUCCUUCCAUCGAGCACUGGUGGGCGGUAAGGAAAUUUUACCAUCAAGAAAGAUGCAUUAGUGGGCGGUAGGUAUAAAAAGGUUGACUACCCCUGGUUUAGACAAAUCCAGGAGGAUAAGGCUAUCGGUGGGUACCUGUCCGUGGAGGGUAUAUUUUGCCUCCACUGUUGAAGGCAGUAAUGUUUCUGCACCAGUUGACGGGAAUUGCAGGUGGGGAGAGCACUCAGCUCCUGUUUUUGGCUUCUCAUUGGUAUAUGAUUGACCGCUUUGAGCACAGGAUGCUGCACUAAGAUAGCCUUUUGGUCUGAUGCAACAGGACUCUUUUUACUAAGAAAAACAACAACGUAAGCUAAAUCUAUCUAGCACCUGGCGACACAUCAGAAUAUCACACCCUCCAACAUGUCCAGGCCCAAAACCAGGCCGCAUGGCUUCUGAGCAAGUCACAUGACCUGCGUGAGAUUGCAGCCCCACCAAAAGUGCUUUUUUUCAGGACUGUGUGCUUCCAUGAGAGCACAGCACCCAAAAACACACAUUUGGGGGUGCUGUAUGAGAUCAUGGCCUUGAAAAAAGCACUUUUGGGGUGUGAGAUUGCGGCAUCCAAAAUGGCUGCUGGCUCUCACAUGAAAAAAUGGGAUGUCCCGGUUUUCCCAGGACAGUUGUGGAGUAUGGAAUACUUUUUUAGUGAGUAGACUUAUAUAUUACUUUUUCAAAACCUUCCUUCUUAUAUAAACUCUCCCCUUUCUUUCCUCACUCUCACCCAAGGAAGGCCCUCAGAAACUUGAGAUCUUGGGGCCGCUUGCCCUGAGGGCUGAAGAUGGCCCUCUGAAAACAAAGUCUCAGGCCAAAAUCCUAGCCGUCCCCAAGACAUCUAGAUGCCGAAAUUCACCACCUGGCUGGAAACAUAAUUGUGAUUCCUAG